UGAUUGAUGCUCUGGAACGGAGGAAUGAAUAAAAGUACUUGUGCGGGAACAGCAGAAACCCAGAGCGAACUGAGGAGGCUCCACUGCCUGGCAUUCCCUCUGCAUUUCGUCAGAGCCUCUGUCUCCGGCAUCUGAAGUAGGAGCGCUCACUCCAGAAGCUGCUGGGAUCUGGCUGGAAGCCGCGCGCCCCUGGGCAUCUCUGGGUCCGGGGAAGGAGGUUACCCCGACCCCCCGCCGGCUGGUGGCUCUGACUGAAAACAGCGGAGCGGUCACCGGACGCCCACAGGAGCAAGCUUUAACAUGCAGCUGCCGGCCAGCCUGAGCGGAUGCGCCUGGGUGGCGCUGGUUCUUGCCUGUGGCUCGCUGGGGGUCUGGGGAGAGGAAAGAGGAGUCCCACCGGCCCAAGCUACACAGUCGCCCCUGGGGACCAGCGAGGUAACGACGCCACUCACGAAGACCUCCUGGCCAAGUGAUUCCAACUCCAGUCUGCCGCGUUUGCCUGCACCUGCGGAGGUGCCCAAAGGAGGCAAGGUGACUGGAGCCCCGCCAAGAUCCUUGUCCUCUCCUCCGUGCCAAGGAAACAUUGAGAUCAAGAAGACUUUCAAAUACAUCAACACGGUUGUGUCCUGUCUCGUGUUUGUGCUGGGCAUCAUCGGAAACUCCACAUUGCUGAGAAUCAUUUACAAGAACAAGUGCAUGCGAAAUGGUCCCAAUAUCUUGAUCGCCAGUCUGGCGCUUGGAGAUCUGCUGCACAUCAUUAUCGACAUUCCUAUCAAUGUCUACAAGUUGCUCGCAGAGGACUGGCCAUUUGGAGCUGAGAUGUGUAAGUUGGUGCCCUUCAUCCAGAAGGCCUCUGUGGGGAUCACUGUGCUGAGUCUGUGUGCUCUAAGUAUUGACAGAUAUCGAGCUGUUGCUUCCUGGAGUCGUAUUAAAGGAAUUGGGGUUCCAAAAUGGACAGCAGUAGAAAUUGUUUUAAUUUGGGUGGUCUCCGUGGUUCUGGCUGUCCCUGAAGCCAUAGGUUUUGAUAUGAUUACGACAGACUACAAAGGAAAGUCUCUACGGAUCUGCUUGCUUCAUCCUGUUCAGAAAACAGCCUUCAUGCAGUUUUACAAGACAGCUAAAGACUGGUGGCUAUUCAGUUUCUAUUUCUGCUUGCCGCUAGCCAUCACUGCAUUCUUUUAUACCCUGAUGACCUGUGAAAUGUUGAGAAAGAAGAGUGGCAUGCAGAUUGCUUUAAAUGAUCACCUAAAGCAGAGGCGAGAAGUGGCCAAAACAGUGUUCUGCCUGGUCCUUGUUUUUGCCCUCUGUUGGCUUCCCCUUCACCUCAGCAGGAUUUUGAAGCUCACUCUUUAUGACCAGAGUGAUCCCAAUAGAUGUGAACUUUUGAGCUUUUUGUUGGUAUUGGACUACAUCGGUAUCAACAUGGCUUCUUUGAAUUCCUGUAUUAAUCCAAUUGCUCUAUAUUUGGUGAGCAAAAGAUUCAAAAACUGCUUUAAGUCUUGCUUAUGCUGUUGGUGCCAGUCAUUUGAAGAAAAACAGUCCUUGGAGGAAAAGCAGUCCUGCUUAAAGUUCAAAGCUAAUGAUCACGGAUAUGACAACUUCCGUUCCAGUAAUAAAUACAGCUCGUCUUGAAAGAAGAAAUAUUCACCUAAUCUCAUUUUCCUUAUUUUGGACAGAUGUCAUUAAACCAAAAUGAAACCUUUGCCGAAUCAAAGUGGAAAACUGUCUUUGCACAAAUGUAAGGGGGAUUACUUUUAACACGUGUAACUUUUAACACCUGGCAUUUCAUGAGCAGUUUACAAUGUAAGAAAACAGUGAAAGUGAAUGAAGCCUCUUUGUGAAAGCGCUUAGAAUUUUAGGCAGCACUUACAUUUAAAGAGGAUCUCACUUGGCAUUUCUGUUAAAAGGGAUUAUUGUUCAAUCAUGUGAAUCUGAAUAAAGGGAAAGGGUGACACUGAAAACAACUUUUCAAAUGAAACUUCAAAAAACCUUUUAAAAUGAAGUUUCAAUCACUCAGUUUGAAAUUUAAAACCCCUUUAGUAAAUGACUUUUUAUGCAUAGCAGCACAUCGCUGGUCAGACUGUGAUUGGAAGCAAAAUGCGAAAGCUAGUGUACUUUUGUUGUUGUUGCUUUGUUUUGGUCAUUAGGAACAUUUAAAUGAAUAGGAGGGAAUAUGAGCGAGAUGGAGCCUAGACUUUGGGAAAUCAUUAUGAUCUUUACACUCUUGUAAGAACAAAUGAUACACAAAGAAUGGGAAGGCUGGAGCUGCUGCCAGCUAAGACUCCUCUGCGUUUCCCAUUCACACACGCCAGAGAAAGAAAGAAAAUACUACCUACAACUUUUUUCAAGAUUCAUUCAAAUCUUCUUCCAUUGCUGAAUUUUAAAUUCCUUUUGUUUAGUUACAUCAUUUGUAAAUACUUAGCUGUAUGCACUACACAUAGAUGAUUUAACGAAGGGCAGGCCCCAGUGUUCGUUGCUUUAGGACAGAGAGAUGCCAGUGACCCCAUAAUGGACAGAAUGUGAGUUGCCUGGUGCAGUGUCCACAUUGCAAAGAAGCAAGGAGCAUCCUCUCCCAGCCAUGCUGUCAUUAAAAGUCUCUAGUAUAAUAGUAUAGUUAAAACACUAUUUUUAAAGUCAUACAAAUUUGUCAAUGUAAUAGCUACCUGGGAAGCUUAUGGCUAAUAUUGUUUUUGUAAACAGCCAAUAGACAGAUGUUCUUGACAUGGUGCUUUUCUAAAACUUAAAGUCCAAACUGCUCUGGGGGCUAUAAAACCCUCUUCACUACAUUCUUGUUUAGUUUUUUAAUCUCCUUCUGCAAAGUGCCUUAGGUUAACUCCGGAUGAGAAGUGUGUGAAAGUAUGCACAAGAGAAAACGGAAGAGAGAGGAAAUGAGGUGGGGUGGGAGGAAGCCCAUGGGGAAAGAUUCCCAUUCUUAGCCUGGCGUUCGUCACUACCCCCGUCACAUCAGUGUGAAAGGUCCUGAUUCUGUUCCAGCAAAACACAGAGCAGCGUUCUUAGAGUGACUUGGGAACAAAUUGGGCCCAAGAGCUUUAACUUUGUCUCAAAAUAUAUCAGAAUUUCCUUUUUUUUUUUUUUUUUUCUUUUAGUAAGCCAGGCCACAUGUUGAAAAUAAGCUAGGAAUGCUGUGUUCUACCAGAAUCCACUGUGAAGGUUCAAUAACCCGAAAAGACAGUGUGGUCAAAGAAGUCCAGUGCCACAUAGACUUCUGGGAGUCAUCCACAGUUCCCAUCAGCUUAGUUCUUCUCAA